AUGAGCAAGGCUCGGGAGGUGUUCGCGGCCAAGUACCUGGUCAUCUCGCUCUGCUUCAUACUCGCCUUCAUCUGCAACUUGCAGGGCAUCCGCAUGUACGCGCAUGCCAGCUUCCUGCUCGGCAGCCUGCUGCCCGGUGGCGAGACCACACCGGCGGAGUUCGUGGUGUACAUGGCACGCACGGUGAACCGCGGCAGCUAUGCUUGGUCGCUGGGCCUCCGUGCCUUCUAUGUGUCCUUGGCUCUGUUCAACUGGACGUUCGGGCCCAUCCCCAUGCUAGUCUGCAGCGUGCUCAUGUGCGGGCUGCUCUACUUUCUCGACACCACAAGCGACCGUAGGGAGGAAGAAAUGAGAGGCGACUGCUAUCCUCUCAGCCUAUUUGAACAAAGGAGGGUAAAAGGGUCAGCCAAAGAAAUAACAAAACCCUAG